AUGGGUAUUAUUAAAAAACCCACUCUACGUUACUACUGGAGCAAAGAUCCAGUUUUAGAGACCCCCAUAUUCUCACAUUCAAUGUCAAGAGUACGGUAUGAAAUGCUGUUGCGCUUUCUGCAUUUUAGCGACAACAGUAUUUGCCCACCUAAAGAUCACCCCAGCUAUGAUAGAUUGUAUAAAAUUCGCCCCCUUAUUGCACAUUUGCAGACAAAGUUUGCUGAGGCAUACACACCACAAAAAAAUAUAGCAAUAGAUGAGUCCCUAAUGAAAUUUAAGGGGAGGCUGGGGUUUAAGCAGUACAUACCAUCCAAAAAAUCAAGAUAUGGCAUAAAGUUUUAUAAGCUUUGCGAGAGUGGAAGUGGGUAUACCUGGGCCUUUCGGGUAUAUGAGGGUAAGGACAGCCACCUUGACCCUCCUGGUUGCCCAGACUUUCUGGGAACCAGUGCCAAAAUAGUCUGGGAACUACUUAUCCCUCUUUUAGGCAAAGGGUACCAUUUAUAUUUGGAUAAUUUUUAUACUAGUGUUCCUUUGUUUCGCAUUCUUUACUGUUUAGAUACCGUGGCCUGUGGGAAAAUACGCAAAAAUCGAAAGGGGUUCCCAAAAGAAUUGUCCGAUAAGCGUUUAACAAGGGGGGCAACAUCAGCUUUGCGCCAGGAGGAGCUGCUGGCAGUAAAAUUUAGGGAUAAAAAGGAUGUGCUCAUGAUUACAACAAUCCAUGACGAGAGCACUAUCCCUGUCACUGUCCGUGGUAAAGCUGAGAUGCUAAGAAAACCAGUGUGCAUUAAGGCAUAUAACAAACAUAUGGGGGGUGUUGAUCUUUCCGAUCAAUUACUGCAGCCAUAUCUUGCUAUAAGGAAGACCAGGGCAUGGUAUAAAAAGGUUGCAAUUUAUAUGAUGCACAUUGCAACCUACAAUUCAUAUAUUUUGUUUAGAAAAACCAGCCCUGGAAAGAUACCUACCUUCCUCCAGUAUCAGCUCAAUAUAAUAAAAGGGAUUUUGCCUCAUCAAGCACCCGCUACUGUAAGGACUGAACAUUUUAUUUUUAAAAUCCCCCCAACUCCAAAAAAGGCAAAGCCCCAAAGGCGCUGCAGAGUGUGCUCGCGUAGGGGUAAAAGGACAGACACAAUCUAUCACUGUCCUGACUGCCCUGCACAGCCUGCACUUUGCCUUGGCACCUGUUUCAAAGAAUUCCAUUUGGCUGCCAAUCUUUAA